AUGUCAUCGACACGAACUGCACCGCGAACAACAAUGACGAAUAAAUCAACACAUCAUACCAAUGGUUCAGGCAAUUCUUACGAUAUGAAUGAUCCAACUGUUACAUCCGAAUUCGAUUCGAACCUACAACGAUCAGUUUUGCUGAAGAAUGCUCCACAAUCUGAUGGUGUGUAUCGAAAUCCUCGAUUUAUCCAUGCAGUGACCACUGGUCUAUUGGGUCAACCAGUAGUUGUUCAAACUAACGAACCAGAACGUUACCAUGGAAUAUUGGAAACAAUUUCUCCGAACGGUGAUAUUGUUCUCACCGUAUCUCAUCGACUAGAUAAUAGCAAUAAUAGUGAUAUUAUGGCAUUGUCAACAUCGCUCAUAGAUCUUUUUGAUGCAGCUGAUAGUUCAGUCCAAUCAUUCGAAUUGCUAAGACGCACAGUUCUAGCACCGACUAUCGUAGAAAUCAUUGGUAUUGAUAUCGAUCAAUCUGGUAGUAAUAAAUGUAUGCUGGAAGAAACAUCGAAAGUCUCGCAAUUAGAAGACGAUCGAUUCAAUCGUAUGCAGCAUUUCUAUGAUGCAGAUGAGAUUGAUUCAACUACAUUAGAAUACUUAGAUCUUGGUGAUGAUGGGAAAGCUGGAUAUGAUCCAGAAGACAUGUUUCAUACCAAUCGAGAAAAAUUCAAUACAACAACUGAUUUUGAUGAGAGUAAAUACACGAAUGUACCUCUCCGGGCAAUGACAGUUGAAGAGACUGCUGAAGUAGAGAGACAAGUUAUGGAAAUUGAACGUAGCAAUCGCUACGAAGAUGUUGAUGAAGAUGAUGCAGGUGUCAAACGUCCAUCAGAAUACAAUGCGAAUCAUAAUAACGAUGAUGGAAAUGGUAAUCCGAAAUCGAAUCAACCAUCACGUUCGCACAUGAACGAACGUCGAACAGAUUCUCGUUACGAAGGAGAAUACAAUACUAAACGUGGCAAUUGGCGUGACCAACGAGGUGGUGGAAAUAAUCGUCGUGGUGGACCGAAUAAUUUUUCAAUGAAUAAUCCGAAACAAAAUCAACGCUCUGAGCAAACACAAUAUACGACAUCGCGUUCGUCGGAACAAGCACCAAAUAGUCGUCAACAAUCGUACAAAUCAAGAAAUAAUCGCUUUAAUGAUAAUCGUUCACCUCAUGAAGGACGGGAUUCACCAUUACAAGUCGCCAAUGAUGAAACAGCACGAGGUCAAAGAAUUCACAGUGGAAGUUUCUCUCAAGGACAAAAUUCAGGACCAACAAGUCCAUCAACGACACUUCCAACGCGUGGCGUUUAUUCAGCGAAUAAUCGCUCAUUAAUCGGAAGAAACUCUCCCGCACCUUAUACAGGUAGUUCAUCGUCUCGAAAUAAUUCAACUGCAGCAUCAUCGCCACCGCCGGGACCACCUUCUUAUCAAUCGAAUCAGACUGGCGGUGCAGGCAACUAUCAGCAACAAUCAAAUAAUAAGAUGAUCAAAAAGCAAUCACGUAAUGACCAACAAUCAACAAAUGAUGAUACUGAUCAGCCGAAGCCGCAACGUAAUCAACAACCGCAACCGCAACAGCAACAGCAACAACAGAAUUCUUCGAAUAAUCAAUCGAAUGCAGUUCCGCUUAGUCGCCCAUCACACUUACAUACUCAACAAAUGAAGCAACCAGCUCAACAACAACAACAACAGCAACCACAGCUACAUCAAAUACAACCGUCUUCGUCGAGUACUAAUAUUCCACCAUCAUUAUCACUUCCAAAUCAAGACGAACAUUCAUCUAGUCAUGAAACAAUUAAUCCCAAUCCAUCGGAUCCUAAUCUGCACAUGGCGAAUGCACCUGUGUACACAUCGCAAACAUCGGGGCCUGGUAAUUCGAAAGCAAAUUCUGGCCUUAAUCCAGAAGCAGAGGAAUUUGUUCCUAUUGUCACGGGGAGAGACGAUGAUUCUCGACCUGAAUCUCGUGGAGCAUCAUCAAACUUACCGAUGCCACCAUUUAUAUCUCACAGCAAUUCUCAAGCUCUUCAUCUCUUACAACAGCAACAACAAAUUCCACAAAAUCCAACUCAACAAUCAUCGAUGAUACCACCAACUCAUCCUCAAAAUGCUGCUGCUCUAUAUUCACCAUACUAUUCAGCACAGUAUGCGAACAUAGCACCAUUUGUUGGCGCUACACCACAGCAAAUGAAUGCGGGAAUGCUCGGUACAUCGAUGAUGCCACCAACAGCACCACCACCACAACUACCUGGUAAUGGGCCCAAUCCAAAUAAUGUCGGUCCAGGUGGAAUGACAACACCAAACAGUGGCUCUGGCCCUGGAUACAAACUUAACAAUAAUCCAGUUCAUGGUGGAAAUACUGGAAAUGGCGGCAACACAAAUGUUGGACCAAAGAAAGCUGUCGUGUCUGUGCAAGGUAACGAACAAUCGAAUGUUCCCCAGCAACAACAAGCUCCUCAACAAAUGAUUUUUCCUGGUCCAGUUCGAUACUACCAACAAGAAUAUCAGUCACAACAAACAACGCCAUCAUCGAUGCAAAUACCAAUCUUUUACCCUAUUAGCUCUUCCGGUAUUAUUCCAACUGCUGGUAUUCCUCCACAUCAAAAUAUAAUGAUUUCAUCUGCUGGCUCGUCAGGCGGACCGACAACACCAGCUCCAGCUCCAAUAUACUAUCAAGGACUCUAUCCAGGUGUAGAUCCACGUGUGUAUGGAGUAUAUCCACCGCAAGCAUCGGUCGGACCAAAUAGCAUGAAUUCCAAUUGGCCAAUGGCGCGAUCACCUCCACAUCAGCAGCAGCAACAGCCAAAUGAACAGCAACGUGGCUACGGCGGUGGUCAAAACAUUGUCUCUCAAGCGCCUCCACCUUCAGGCGCGCCGAAUCCUGGGGGAGGUGUCAAUGUUGGUCGAUCUGCAUCGACGUCCGGUCCACCAGGUUCGAAUGGUGCCAAUGGUGGCGGCCCUCCAAUGACACCGCAAUAUACUUUGAGUGGCAAUAUACCAGCAUACGCCUAUGGACCACCAGCCUGGUACUCGGCCCAAGCACCAGUCUCAUCGCCUCAAACGAAUAUGGCUCCUCAAGUAGGUGCCUACGGCAUGGUGUUCGAUCCAACUCAACAAGGACUACCACAGCAAACUGCCUAUGUACAUCCCAAUUCAUACGACACUGCUUACUAUCAACAAGCGCCUCAGCAACCACCUCAGCAAGGCCUAGACACAGUGCCACCGGGCAGUUACAAUCGCUAA